AUGAUGAAUACACUUACUCAAUGCACUUCUCGAUGUGUGGGCCCAUUUAUUGCUCGGAGAAGUUUCAAUAGUGGUCAACCUUUACAAAGCCUUAAGGCCAUCAAGUUCUUGAAAGCCCAGAAGAGGAGACAGGAGAACGUGGCCAAGAAGGCUAAAUUGAAUAAUUCUACCGAUUUUGUUGAUCCAGUUUUUGGUAGAAAGAAUACUCCUUUCAUUGCACGUAUUAUGGCCGAAAUAAAGGAGCCAAGUGUUCUUGCCAAAGGAUAUGAUAUUAAUGAAGUAAACAAGUUAUUUGUAGCGCUAGAAUCUACACAACAUGAGCAAGCUGAAUUAAGUGAUGUAAAUUCCGAGAAUUUCGAACCAGCUGAUACUGCCACUUUAGCUAACAGACGUGAAGCAUUAUUAAGAAUCCUAAGUAUGAGAAAUGCAAGUAAUAGAGACAGUAUGAAAGUACUUACCAGGUUAGCAAGGGAAGAAUUUCAGAGAUUUCCAGGAGACACGGGAUCAAGUGAAGUGCAGGCAGCAUGUAUUACUGUAAAGAUACUGAAUAUAGCUAGUCAUGUGCAGAAUCAUCGCAAAGAUCACGCCAAUACAAGAAUAUUAAGGCAAUUAGUACAACAGAGACAAAGUAUAUUGAGAUAUUUGAAGCGGGAUAUGCCACAGAGAUAUUAUUGGACAAUUGAGAAAUUGGGACUCACCGAUGAUGCUAUUACUAAUGAAUUUAAUCUUGAUAGGCGGUAUAUGGAAGACUAUAAUUUCUUUGAUAGUCAAAGUUCCAAUAAUGAUCUUGAUGACAAAAUAGAAAAUUGA